AGCCCCAUUUACCAAACAAUUGGAGAUACAAGAAAAAUUCACUUGCCAAAAGGUUUAGCAAGUUGCCAAAUGACAAACUUUUCCAAGUUGAUUUUUCCAAACAAUUGGAGAUGCUCUUAGUGUUUAAACUGGGCCGUAAUUCUAUUGCUCCACCGUAUACGGUGUUAACUAAACCAAACAACGCAAGAAUUACUUGCAGCGGUCCGGCACGCUCAAAUCCUUUUAUAAUAACUCACUCAUGGGCCUGAUGACAGGAGUCCAGCGGGCCACGGGGAUCGUAUGGGCUAUGAGCCCAACAACUCACCCCCGCCUCGCCGCUGCGCCUUACGGCACGACUCUCGCCGUCGCCGUCGCCGUCGCCGUCGCCGCCGCUGCCGCGGCAUCCCCACCAUCCACGUCCUUCCCCUCCUCCGCCCCCUCGCCGGUAUCCUCCGACGCGUACCGCCGCAACUACGCGGGCUACGCUCUGCUGCUCCUAGGCUGCGGCGCCUCGUGCCCGGCGAUGCCCUGCACAAGGAGGCCGUCCUGUUCCGGUACGCGCCGCUGGCGGAGGACCUAUUAUUGUGAGUCACUGAGAAAUACAGGUCUGUUGCAAAGAAGUGUCAACCUUCUUGUUUCCUUAUUCAAAGUUCCAAGGAACAUGGUCUGCUGACGGAAUCGAGUUUUCAGGCGCCAGUAGUAAAGGAGUUGUGAAGAAAUGCCGCAAUGGAU